GGCGGAAGAGCGCGUUCCCCAGGAGACGGCGCGAGGGGAGGGGGCUGCGCGCCGGCCUGAGGGCGCACUUUGGUCAAAAAGAAGAAAUAACCACUUACAGCUGAAACAUACAGAUUGUCUCUUCCACUCUGGCUAGGCAGGAGCAAUGGACACUUCUGAUGGAGAAAGUUUGGGUGUGGCCACCUCCACCACUUCUGAUGAGUUUGAUGCAGUGGUUGGCUAUCUGGAGGAUAUCAUAAUGGAUGAUGAUUUCCAGUUAAUACAGAGGAAUUUUUUGGAGAAGCACUACCAGGAGUUUGAUGACUCAGAAGAAAACAAGCUCAUCUACACGGACAUUUUUAAUGAAUAUAUCUCUUUAGUAGAGAAAUACAUUGAAGAGAAGUUGCUUGAUCGGAUCCGUGGGUUUGAUAUGGUUGCUUUCACAGUGUCAUUGCAACAACACAAAGAUGAAAUGCCAGGUGAUAUAUUUGAUCUGCUGCUCACAUUUACAGACUUUCUGGCUUUCAAAGAAAUGUUCUUGGAAUACAGAGCUGAAAAAGAAGGUCGAAGUCUGGACUUAAGUACUGCGUUAGUGGUGACUUCAUUAAACCAUUAAACAAGUCAUUCUGAAGGGAGUGCUGUUGUAUUUUAAGCUAGGUCUAUUCCCGUUUCAGAGGUGAGAGGCAGCGAUUCCGGGGCAGAGGGGCGGGGACUCGGCUCCACCGCGGCUCUGAGGGGGGUGGGUGUGCGGUGGGGCAGGGCCGGGACUGGGGGUGAAAUCAAAGGAUUUCUGGAAUUUUUAUACCCUUUUACAAAAUGGAUGGAAGAGACUGUGAGAAGCAGUCUUUCUUUCCCCAGCUCAACCCAAACUUCUCUUUACAUGUCUGCUGGGAUCUCCUUAGAAGCUCCUGUGGUUUGGGCAGUUUUCUGCAGUGCCCAGCUGCUGCUGCUGCUGCAGGGAGCCUUUUGCACUCUGAUGUAAAGUGCCUGAGCUGCAGUUUGAGCUCCUUGUUCUUUGUCCUGUCUCUGCUGAACACAGAGAACAGUUUAUUCCUUCUGUUCCUGCAGCACCAUUGCUUAACUGGAAAUCAUCCAGUUCCAACCCCCCUGCCAUGGGCAGGGACACCUUCCACUGGAGCAGGUUGCUCACAAUCCCAUCCAGCGUGGCCAUCUGGCAGUAAAAGAUGCUCAGUUCUCAGGGAUGUGGUUUGAACUGAGAAGUCAGUGUGUGCAGGGAAGUUUUUUACAAGGUGCCAAGGCAGAAUUCAUGCUGAUCAGCCAUUGUCUGCUUUAGAAGAACAGCACAUCAUUUCUUUGGUCACAUCCUUCCCAGAGGGAUGGAGGUUCAGGAGACUCAGUUGCCUGGUGAUGCAGCUGAAUCUGGAGAAAUGCUAAAUUAAAUUGGACUGUGUCAGAGUUUGGAAGGCUGAGACUCGUGUCUUUUAUCAGUGUUUAUAACUUUUUAUUUAGACCUGUUCUAAAUAGACCUAUUUCUAACUGUGAAAUUCAGUAACAUGAUCUCCCUUGUUAAUUUUUUUCUUUUAUUUUCCUACUGUUCCUGUUAUAUUUAUAUAUAUAUAUAUUUAUGUCUAUAUAUUCAUAAUUGUGGAAAUUUGACCCUUGAUUUACUCACUGGCAACCAAAUAAAGGCAGAUCUGUCAUGGGCCAA